AUGGAGCAACAAGAAGAGAGAAGAGAAAAAGUCUACGUCCCCGAAAAAAGAAGAAGACAAUCGAAAUCAACUUUGUCUUUUCCUCUUGAUCUAACCUCGGAGAUACUCUUAAGGCUGCCUGAAAAAUCUGUUGCGAGGUUUGGCUGCGUGUCGAAGCUUUGGUUAUCAAUCACCACCGAUCCAUAUUUCAUCAACUCGUUUGAAGCUCGGUUGCCAAAACCGACUGUUCUACUCUGCUUCAAAGAAGGUAACAAGUUGUUUGUUUCCUCGAUUCCGCAACAUGAUCAUCUCUUUAAAGAAGAGUCAUCAUCAUACUCUUCAUCGCAGCCCAUUUAUCGUUAUCAUAUGGAAUUUCCAAAAAUCAGUAACGUGCCCCCUACGGAAUCUGUCAAGGGUUUGAUCUGCUUUCAAGAAUCAGCAGCGCCGAUAGUUUGGAACCCAAGCAAAAGACAGUUCUUGACUUUACCUAAGCCAAGAUUGAGCUGGAAUGAUAGAAUAAAAGUUUUCUUGGGAUACGAUCCAAUCGAACAUAAACACAAGGUAAUGUGCAUGCCUUUAAAUAGAACUUGCGAUGUGUGCCGAAUUUUAACGUUGGGAUCAGAUCAAGAAACAUGGAGAACAGUCAAAACUAACCAUAUGCAUCGUUCUUCAUGGGAUACUUAUGGUCGAUGCAUUAAUGGGGUUAUAUAUUAUCAAGCCUAUAUUUAUCACACUCGUGUUUGGGUUUUAAUGAGCUUUGAUGUUCGGUCCGAAACAUUUCGUAAGCUAAAUUUACCAGCAGCUAUUUCUAGGGAUAAGCUGCUAAAUUAUAAGGGGAGAUUAGCUUGUGUUGGUGACAAAGGCAGAUUCAUAGAGAAGAACACAUUGUGGAUUUUGGAAGAUGCUGAGAAACAAAGGUGGUCGUAUAAAAACUUUGAUGUACCUUUUGGUCACUUUGAUGAUAGUUUGAGAACUUCUUCCGAACUAAAAGGAUUCACUCAAGCUGGUGACUUGAUUUAUGCACCAUAUACCUUUGGCAAAUCGCAUUAUAUUUUGUUUUGUGAUCCGGUGACAAUAAGGUAUAGAAGAUUUUCACUUGGAGGAAUCGCAGACGACGAAGCUAGGCCCAUACCGUUAAACCAUUAUUAUUCUACGCCUACGCUCCAUACUUUCCCGAAUCACAUUUGA